AUGUUUGGCCGUCAGUCACAAACUCAGUUCCCCAAGCGAAGCAGCUCAGGCUACUCGUGGCCCGAGAGCGACAGCGAAGACGAUAUCGUCAUCAGGCCCUGCGCCACGAACGAGAAGGCCGAUGCCACAGUCACCAUGACCGAGUGCGUUCCGGGCCCGACGGCGGUGGAACAGACUUCUCAGUCCAGGCCUUCUCUCAGCGGCCGCCGCGCCUCCGCCGAGGAUACCAACCUGCAAGAGCUUUGGGAAUGCAUGCUUGAGCUCCAGCAACAAUAUCACUGCUACAACUCGACGCGUAUGGAGAUUGCUGCCGAUAGGGAGGACGCCAUGGACAUGAUGCCCACCAAGUAUUGCAUGGACAUGCUCAACGACUCCAUCGAGUCCCUUCCCGAAGAGGGCUGGAAGAAGCUCAGCAAGUUCCUCAUCACCGACCUGGAGCACGCCCAAAAAUCGCAAAAGUGGAAGUUCUGGAAGCACCUCUAG